UAUAGAGGGCGAGGUGCAUCCAUCUUUGCUACCUAGCUUGGUGGCCAACCGGCUUCUGGAGGAGGAUACACCACGAUACACCAGGGCCUCUGACCCAUUUGAGCCCUGUGGUGUCACAGUUCAGCGGUAUGGCAUGGAAGAAUUUGAAAGCCCAGAAAUGCAGAUGACUGCUCCAGAGCGACAGUCCAGAGCUCGUUGCAGACCAGACCCUCAGUCCGCUAUUCACACAGAGCCAGUCUACCGUUCAGUGUCCACCACCAGUGCCCCAGAGCUAGAGUCCAAGGCUGAACGAAUCGCCCGCUACAAGGCAGAACGUCGCCGGCAGCUAGCUGAGCGCUAUGGCAUCUCUUUGGAUCAUGAGCCCGAUGUGGACAAUCCUUCGCGCUACACUCGGACCCAGAAAGAGUCUGAAGACUCAGAGAGAAGAAGUAAAGGGGAGUCAGUUGGGGAGGAUGGGAGAGACAUCAAUCUGAGUUCCUACAACAGCACUUCUGCCACUAGUUCAAGGGCAGGACGCACAGUGCCCCAGCACGGCCACCCUGACCCGGGCUACGAGAUGGGUCGAACUAGAGUGGACUCGUUCUCAGAGAGAGAGAGGCUCAUGAACCUGGAGAAUCAACGCAGGGCUGCUCCUCCUGAGCUGCCACCCUCUUCCUCAUACAUGGAUGUGACAUCAUUGUCCUCCACUGCCAGGGUGCCUGCUAAGGACUAUUCAGUCACAGGGGUGCCACCCAGUUCACCGAAGAUGAGCAGGCAUGCUUCCCUCUCCUCACCUAAACAUGGUGUGUCUCCUGGGGACCUCUUCAUCGAGCAGCAGGCCCACAACAUCCUCAGCAGACACGGAAUCAGAGUUAGGGAGAGGCUUGUGAGGGAGGAAGGUCGCCAGAGGAGCCCAGAGCUGGGAAACGUUACAGACGCCCCGUUGUACCGCAGACAAUAUCAACACCAGUCCCAGCCUUCUACACACUACCACUCAGACCCACCGAGCCCCCAGCAGGUCUACUCCCACCACCAACCCCACCAUCACCCCCAGGCUCAGCUCACCCGAUCUGGACUGCAAGGAGGACAGGAAGGCGGUGGAUACCCCAGUUAUCUGUCCAUGGCUUCUGGUGCUCCAUCCAGAGGUGGACAACAGCAGGAGGAAGAGAUUGAGGAGUCGGAGGGCGUGAAGACAGAGGGCCUUCUGAAGAGCAGGAAAGCAGUGCUGCCUUCGGAGAUUCGACGCAGGGAGAGGAGCACUGAAGACCCACGGAGAGGAAGGGUGGAAGAGGAGCUGGGGAUGUCCAGGGUGCAGGCUGAGAUAGAAGAUCCUGCAAGAGGAGGACGGAGAGGUAGGUGGGAGGAAACGGAACCCGCCACCCAUCUGCAAGCAGUGGAGAGCAGGCCCAGAGAGCGGGAUAACGCCAUUUAUAUCCAGAAAGGGGUGACCACCAGCCAAAUCCAACCCAGAGCGACGAAUGCAGGCCCAGAAGGCUCCAUCUCCAGCACAGCGUUCAAUCGCUCUUUAUCAGACGUCGGAGGUCCACGAGCGCCAACUCAGAGGAACCUGCACCACCAGACCCAGGAUCCCCGGGAGGUCAGGGAGCGCGAAGGCUUCAGUAAUGGAGAGAGUCACCAGGACACCCGAAUGUCUGUGGCCCAGCUCAGACAUUCCUACAUGGAGAGCACCACCACCCCUCCAACCAGCCGCAAGACCGAGCUUGAGGUGGAGGAGGGCAACAGGGCGCUUGCAGGCUACGAGGCCCCGUGGAGAGGGGAGAGGGACAGGGGGCGUAGAACCCGACAGUAUAUCUAUCCAGGGGAGAAUAGAAAGACCUCAGAGAGGUUUAGGACACAGCCCAUCACUUCUGCUGAGCGCCAGGAGACUGAUAGGUCCUGUGUGAGUUCAGAGUUUGCUCCCGCAGAAGCUGAUGAAGAGAAGCUAGAUGACCUGGCCAAGCUGAGCGUGGCAGCCAAGCGCUCUCUCUUUAGGGAGCUAGAGAAGAACGUUGAUGGUGGAGCUCCUAAACCAAGAUCCAGGAAUGCAGCGGUGGACAGGAGGCUAAGACGUACACAAGACCGAUCCAGAACUCAGCCGGUCACCACUGAAGAGGUCGUCAUCGCCGCCACCCUGCAGGCAUCCUCGCAGCAGAGCGCCGCCGCCCGGGAGCAGGCGCGGGAGGCCAGGCAGGCGCAGGAAACCAAGGAGGCUCAAAUCACCAAGGAAGCUCAAGGCCCCAAGCAGGCGUCCAAAAUGGAAGAAAAAGUCCAGAGUCAGAGUCCGUCUCAGGACGAGCCCGACCUCUGCACCCUCAGCCUGGCAGAAAAGAUGGCGCUGUUCAACCGGCUGGCUCAGCCUCCCUCCAGGGUUACCCGCACCAGAGGGGACACACGCCAGCGCAGGGCCAACGCUCGCUACCAGACGCAACCCAUCACCCUGGGUGAUAUGGAGCAGCUUCAAAACGGUGCAGGCUCUCGUUACGGACACCUCCCUUCUUCAUCAUCAUCCUCCUCCGCUCUGAGACCAGGAGGCACCGUCUCCACCGACCACGCCGGAGACAUCCACAUACCCAUAGGUGCCACCCGGGUCGAGGCCAACCCUCCCAGCUCUGACAGGCCUCUGCCCGCUUGCCAACCGGACGGCCCGGCCCGGAGGCCCCAGGAGUCAGCGGACCAGCAGAGGCAAACUUACCAGGUCGUCCCCAAGGGAGAAGAAGGAGCUGAUCUGGGUGGAGGGAAGAGGAAGCUGGUUUCUCCUGAGGGGGCGAUCAGGCAGGCAACUCUGCCCCAGCCCCAGUCUGGAAGAGAGAGGAGGGAGGAGGAGGAGGAGGAGGAAUUGGUGGGGGUGGUGGAGGAGGUGGAGCAGUGGCUGGCCAGACAGAGGGGAGACAGAGCUUUGCAGAGCUCAGAGAGCCACAUGUUACAGGAGAGGCAGGAGCAGAGGGGGUAUCAGAGGGAGGAAGCACACUACCCAGUCAGGGCCAUCAGUGGAGAGCCGCCGGAGCCCACUGUGGUGACACCCAGAGCACCGUCUGGUUCGCCCGGGAGUCAACCUCCAGCAGCGGACACUUACCCAGACGACGGCGGACACACAACCGACCUGUUCCAGCCUGACUUUGAAGACGAUCUGAGCGACAUGAUGAGUGCCAGACACAUGUCCAUCAGAGACAGGGUGGCCUUGUUAAAGAAGAGCGGCGAGCAGGACUGGAGGAACAGGAUCAAUAAGAAACAGGAUGUGGUGAAGGCUGCUGUGGACGAACAGCACGCUGAGCUGUGGGAGGUGGAGCAGAGCUUCAAGAAGAAGAGGAUCGCUGAUGCUGAGAUGGAGUGUCAGCAGGCCGAGUCUCACAUGUCCAUCCAGGAGAGGAAACAGCAGAUAGUGGCCCAGGAGGAGGCCUGGAAGAGUAAAGGCCACGGAGCCGCCAACGACUCCACCCAGUUCACCGUGGCUGCGCGCAUGGUGAAGAAAGGUUUGGCUUCCCCCACUGCCCUACAGUCUCCAGUUCUGUCCAAACCUAAAACCAGCUGCCCUGCCAUCUCCAAACCACAUGAAGAGAUCAAGGCCGUACCAGAUCUGAACUUGGAGUCAGACAUGAAGCUGGAUAAACUGGAGUCAUUCCUGGGCAAGCUCAACAGUAAAGUUUCUGGACUGCCAGAAUCUACCAUCACAGUGACAGAGAAGAAGGUAAAGGAAGUGAUGAGCCUCGAAGAUGAAACCUUUUCCAAGUUCUACCGCCAAGUGGAGGACCUGCCCACCAUCACCAACAAGGUGGAGAUAGACGACAACUUUGACGCCAUCUUCGGCACUCAGGGGGCAAAGCUAACGUCAGAGAUGGUGCAGCAUAAGCGAGCGGUGCGUCCGACGCGUAACGUCCAGGCGUCCAGGAACCCUCUGAAGAUGCUGGCUGCCAGAGAGGACAUCAGACACGAGUACACAGAGCAGAGGCUCAACAUCGGCCUGCUGGAGAGCAAGAGGAUGAAGGCAGAGAAGAUGAAUAAGAACUCUGGUUUCUCUGAGGUGGCUCUGGCCGGUCUGGCCAGCAAAGAGAACUUCAGCAACGUCAACCUACGUAGCGUCAACAUCUCGGAGCACAUGUCCAACAACAGCGCCGUGCCUUACAAGAAACUCAUGCUCUUGCAGGUCAAAGGCCGUCGCCACGUCCAGACCAGGCUGGUGGAACCCAGAGCAUCCUCCCUGAACAGCGGCGACUGUUUCCUGCUCAUCACUCCUCACUUCUGUUUCAUCUGGACCGGAGAGUUCGCCAACGUCAUCGAGAAGAACAAGGCUUCAGAGUUGGCUAACUUCAUCCAGAGCAAGAGAGAUUUGGGUUGUCGUUCUAAUUACGUCCAGACCAUCGAGGAGGCCGUCAACUCGCACAACCACGCCUCCAAAGAGUUCUGGAAGAUCCUGGGAGGACAGACGAGUUAUCAAUCGGCAGGAACGCCAGAUGAAGACGAGCUGUACGAGGGCGCCAUAGUGGAGACGAACUGCAUCUACCGUCUGGUGGAGGACAAACUGGUUCCAGAUGAUGAUUUUUGGGCCAAGAUGCCCCGCUGCUCCCUGCUCAACCCAAAAGAGGUUUUGGUUUUCGACUUUGGCAGUGAGAUGUACAUAUGGCACGGGAAGGAAGUGACGCUGGCUCAGAGGAAGGUGGCCUUCCAGCUGGCGAAGCACCUGUGGAAUGGCACCUUCGACUACACCAACUGUGACAUCAACCCGCUCGACCCGGGAGAGUGCAACCCGCUCAUUCCUAAGAAAGGUCAGGGUCGUCCUGACUGGGCGGUGUUCGGCAGACUGACUCAACACAAUGAAACCACCCUGUUCAAAGAGAAGUUUGUGGACUGGAGCGAUUCCAGGAAAACACCCAGCCCCACAAAAUACAUUAACGACCACGUCACAGAUCAGAAGGAGCAGUCCACGUCUGAUCAGCCCCGUGCGUACGACGCCUCCCUGAUGCUGCCCAUCCAUGGAGCGCCAGUCGGCACCAAACUGGACGGGUUCAACGUGGGGCGAGGCUACGGCCUGGUGGAGGGGGAAGAGUGGCGGAGCUACGAGGUCAGCACGCUGGGGGUGGAGGUGUGGCACAUCCUGGAGUUUGAUUACAGCCGCGUGCCGCGCCAGAGCAUCGGCCAGUUCCACGAGGGAGACACCUACGUGGUGAAGUGGAAGUACAUGGUCAGCGCUGCGGUUGGGAGGAGACAGAACCCGGAGCAGCUGAAGACAGCGGGGCCCGGGAAAGAGAAGUGCUGCUACUUCUUCUGGCAGGGCCGCAACGCCACCGUCAGCGAGAAAGGAACAUCGGCUCUGAUGACGGUGGAGCUGGACGAGGAGAGGGGAGCGCAGGUUCAAGUUCAGCAAGGUAAGGAGCCUCCGUGUUACCUGCAGUGCUUCAAAGGAGGGAUGGUCGUCCACUCAGGGAAGAGAGAAGAGGAAGAGGAAAACUCCCAGAAUGACUGGCGUCUGUAUUGUGUGCGUGGGGAGGUGGCAGUGGAGGGCCACCUGCUGGAGGUAGCCUGUCACUGCAGCAGCCUGCGUUCCAGGGUCUCCAUGGUGCUGCUGAGUGUCAGCCAGGCUCUCAUCUACCUGUGGCACGGCUGCAAGUCUCAGACUAACACGCGGGAGGUGGCGCAUACCGCAGCCAGCAAGAUCAAAGAACAUUGCCCUCUAGAAGCAGGUCUCCACAGCAGCAGCAAGGUGACCAUUGUGGAAUGUGAUGAGGGAGCAGAGCCCACGGGAUUCUGGGAGGCCCUCGGGAGGAGGGACAGAAAAGCGUAUGACUGCAUGCUGCAAGACCCCGGCAGGUUUAACUUCACGCCUCGUCUCUACCAGCUGAGCAGCAGCUCCGGGGAGUUCACAGCUGUGGAGUUUCUCUAUCCGGCCAGAGAACCCAGGCACGUCAACUCUAUGCCUUUCCUGCAGGAGGACCUGUAUACAGCUUCCCAACCAGCCCUGUUCCUGGUGGACAACCAUCAUGAGGUGUACUUGUGGCAGGGCUGGUGGCCUCAGGACAGCGAAAGCACCGGCUCCGCUCAGAUCCGCUGGGACUCAGACAGGAAGUGUGCGAUGGAGACAGUGUUGCAGUACUGUAAAGAAAAGAACGACAAAAAGCCUCCCAAAGCGUAUCUGAUCCACGCCGGUCUGGAGCCGCUCACCUUCACCAACAUGUUCCCCAGCUGGGAGCACAGAGAGGACAUCGCUGAGAUCACUGAGAGGGAGGCGGAGGUGUGUAACCAGAUUAUCCUGGUGGAGGACGUGUUGGCCAGGCUGUGUAAGACCACAUACCCUCUGUCGGAUCUGCUGGCCCGGCCGCUGCCCGAGGGCGUCGACCCUCUUCGCCUGGAGGUCUACCUGUCUGAUGAGGACUUUGAGAAAGCCCUGGACAUGACCAGAGAGGAGUACGGAGGUCUGCCCAGCUGGAAGCAGGUGAACUUGAAGAAAGCCAAAGGACUUUUUUAAACGUUUGAAACAGAGAGAUGAACUGAAGACAUCAGGAAAAAGCGACCGAGCUGUUGUUUUGUCUCCUCUUUUGUUUACGGGUCACAACGGAGGCUCAGGAGCUGCCUCUCCUGAGCUUGACCCUGUGUCGGCGGGUUGAGGAUGGACGAGAGGAGAGGAGACGAUCAGAGGACGGAAGGUGUGCCAGCUUCUCGUCUCCUCUGCUUUCCGUGUUGGUGUUUGGGUUCUGCACGUAGGAGACAAAUGUAGGUGGAUGCACUUCUGAGCGGAUGUGUUAAUAGCGCUUCCUUAAAGUCACUCUAUUAAUGUAUGUACAUAUGUACCAUACCCUGAACAGCCAGUGCCCUUACAUUGUCAUGCAGCCAUCUGUUGGAGUGGGGAGCAGGCCUGCUAGCCUGUCUGACACACUCCUCAUCAGACUAUCUGCUAUUAUGUAUGUAUGUUUGUGCAUUACAAAUAAUUUAUAUUUAUAUCAAAUCCACAUAGGAGUCUUUUUUUUUUUUUUUUUUAAAGAAAGCUUCCCGAAUAAUCACUGAGCUAAAUAAAUUGUAUAAUUAAUAUUGAGGAAGCUUGUGUCAUAUGUUGUUAAAUAUUACGGAUAUUACGGUAAUCCUCUCUCGCUGUACAGUUCACCGUUUGCCACUUACAAAUCAGAAUGAUGCAGCUUCAUUCUGAUGCCUCUAGUGUCAUUGUUUCAGGUAGAAGAAAGAAUACAGGAGCUAGGCAGCCAUCAUGAAAUGUAUUUGAUUUUUAAAAUCCUCCAGUGUAUAGUGCCUUGCUUUUGUGUACAGUUUAUAUACAGAUCCUAGUCUGCAUUUUGAAGACUUUUUGUGAUAUAAAGAACUAUUAGAGAAAUAAAACCUGCAAGUUGAA